AUGGUCGAUUCCUGGAAUCCGAAGGACCCGAAUGUGAAGAGCCAACUUCGGGCCGAUUUGAAGAACUUGACAUUGCCUCUGAUCAAAGCCGAGAACGUGCAGAAGUGCAAGAAACACCGGGGAAAAGGAUUGGAACUCUGGUGGCGUGAUCAGAAAGCCUCAGGUCCUUUCCACAACACGAUCGAAAAGGUAUUCAACCGCCUAUCCGCCGCCACAAGUUUGCCCGAGGGAAUUGCGAGAUUACAGUUGUACUAUCUCCCUCAGAAACACACAGUCUUGUAUCCUAACUGGAUUCCCCGAUGGAAUGUCGAUAACCCUGCUUCAUCUACCGCGCACUCAGCGGCUCCUCCCGUAGCGUCAGGAUCUUCGACAGUACCUGCACUUUCGCAGAGUCAUGCAGCGCCCGCCCUUCCUAUAACGCCGCAGUCGGCAUUCACCCGAGUUGGCGUAUCGACGUCUACAUCGACACAUGCCUCUUCAUUCGGCGCUUCUCACGAAAGAUGGGGUCUCUCCCCCACACUUAACUCGAAGCCAGCCAGCGGCUGGGUUGAUUUUUCCAUUGCGCGGACGUCCGCGCCUUCCAGUGUAUGGGGUCCACCAGAUCUGCAAAGGCCCACGGUACCCAUCUACAGACCUAUCACUCCUCCCUACACAGCCGCCACUGCGGGCCCGCUUUUUCCCGCAGAAGAGGUAGACUCGCCAAUCCGCACUGAGCCUGCUUCAUCUCUUGCUUCUCAUAGAAGUCCAGCCUCCACCCACCCUACCUCCCCGAUCUCGGAAGGACCGGAAACAUUGGCGUCUGUUUGCCUUGCAGAGUUCGCCGAUCUCUUCUCCGGGUCGCUCGACCACGAUGCCAGACGAAGGAAUCUCACUCAAGUUACACAAUCUCUAUUCGAUGCAGAACCACAGCAUCGGCCUUCUGGUCCUUUUAUCGCAUUACGUGAUAUACGCCGAGCAACCGUCAUGGCCUUAUGUGCUCGGGCUGAAUGCGCAUCUGAACUUGAGGUUCAACUUCAAGAGGCGAUCGUGAAGAACCACGAGACAGCCGUGCAGCGCACGAGGGAUAUCGUAGCGGCCGAGUCACGCGCUCAGGACCUCGCAGUAACGGUCGCAGAUCUGCGUUCGCGCUACGAAACACUAUCUGGGGAGCGCGAAGAGACCAAGGCUGCUCUUGAUAGAUGCAGGGAAGAAAAUGAGCAUCUGUCUAGUCGUGUCGAGUCUCUCCAGAAAGACCUGGAGAAGGCUCAGUCCCAGCGCGCGACGUUUCAAACCGCUUGGAGCGCGAUGAGGACGAAGGUCCAGGACGUAGAGUCAAAGCUCGCCGCCGCCGAAGAUAAAGUCUCGAAACAGCAAGUCGCUCUCUCUGCGUUCACAGGACGUGGCGGACGUAUUCAGGACGAUUUUGCACGCUCAGAAGACGAACGUCGUCAAGAGCAGGGAGCUCAUGCCAGGGAACGGGAGGGCUGGCAGGCUGAGAGGGCUCAGAUGCGGGCCCAACUCGAUGCACUGCAGGCGGAGAACGCAAGAUCUUUUGUCACUCCCGCAUUGAUGGACGCCUUUCUCGGCGUCAAUGACAUGCCCGAUGCUUCAACUUGUAAACUAUAUCUUGUGGCGUGGACCAAGGACCUACAUUGUAGCUCGAAGAUUGUUGUAAACUUGCUCUCUAUUGUACUUGUCUCAGUCAGACCAAGCACUGGCAAGGCAGGACACCACUAUCUGUGA